CAUGAUAGAUCUUUCAUCUCGAUCAAACAAUUACAUUAGACGUGUUUUAUUAUCCUCAAUCAAUUAAAAGAUAACGAUGAUGAGCAAUCACUUUUUUGUAGUCAUAGUUGUGUUAGGCUUGGCUUCCACCCUUGUCUAUGCAUCUGACCCCAGCUCUCUACAGGACUUUUGUGUUGCUGUUAAUGACUCUAAAUCUGCUGUGUUUGUCAAUGGCAAAUUCUGCAAGGACCCAAAGCUUGCUACAGCAGAUGAUUUCUUUUUUCAUGGCCUCCAUGGACUUCGAAACACAUCAAACCCAGUUGGAUCAACUGUCACUCCAGUGAAUGUCAUGCAAAUACCAGGGCUCAACACUCUCGGUAUCUCCUUAGUUCGCAUUGACUAUGCACCCAAUGGCCUUAUCGCACCACACACGCACCCUCGUGCUUCUGAAAUACUUGUUGUGUUAGAGGGUACACUGUAUGUUGGUUUUGUAACCUCCAACACAGACAACCGUCUUUUCACCAAGGUGUUAUAUCGAGGAGAUGUUUUUGUAUUCCCAGAAGGUCUCAUUCACUUCCAGUUUAAUUUGGGAAAGAGUAAUGCAGUUGCGCUUGCUGGUCUAAGCAGCCAAAAUCCUGGAAUAAUUACUGUUGCAAAUGCAGUGUUUGGCUCGAAUCCAAAAAUUUCUGCUGAAGUUCUUGCCAAAGCAUUCCAAGUGGACAAGAAGGUGGUUGACUAUCUUGAAGCACAGUUUUGGUGGGCCAACAACUAGAGAGAGACGGGGGGAAAAAAAAUUCUAUUGUUCAAUAAGUGAAAUGUAAAAUAUGUAAUCUUGGUAUUAUUAUGUUUUUAGUUUCAGGUUAAGGGUACUUUGGUAUUUUUUGUCUUCUAUUGUUAGCACACAAUGUAAUUUUGAUUCAAGAUUAAUGCAAAUAUUAUCGCUUUUUUAUUUA